GUUAUACCGAGACAAAUGAGCCAGCUACAUGUGAAGAUUUCUGGUCGUCUUUUUCUAAAUUAAUUUCUCCAAACCUCGAUGGCUGAAGCCCGACGUGAAGAGGAGGAAGAGGGGGAGCGCAGCUCUCUGCGGGCUGCAGUCCGCAGCAGAAACCAGGCAACAGAUCAUCCUGAAAGAACCAAGCCAGAUCAUUUACAUUCAAGCCAAGGGCCUCUGUCUUCUAUACGAGCGGCCAUCAAACGAACGAGAACAAACUCUCAGAGUGACCUCACCCGAGACAGAAGGCGUCCUGAGAUCACCAUCGUCUCAGCAGAACCUCUGGCCAGUAACAGCUGGUUCUCAGGAAGUUCUGGUGUUUUCCCUCGUCCUCCUCAGUCAGGCUGGUCUGCAGGCGUCCAGGCUGUGUCCCAGCCCCCACCAUCCUAUGACCAGGUGAUUCAAGAGAAGACCCAGGAAGAGCACAUUGUCAAACCCACUGCAGCCCCCCGCCGGACCGCCUGCACCACCACAUGCGCCACGCAGACCGACCCUGUGAGGGAAGACACCUCCACCUCUGUCCCUCAGAGCAGCGCUUCUCCACAGGCAGCAGCCAAGAAACCUGCAGGUAAAAAGCCACAAAAACCACCCAGGCCGUCCCUGCCGAAACCAGCAGACAGAGUCGCUGAAGCUGUUGAACCUGCUGACGAGAAGGUUAAAACUAAUCCUGUAGCAUCCACAAACACUGAGGAGCGAAGUGACUCCAAGUCAGACGUAAAACAACAUAACCAAGCAGAUUCCACUCACAGCUGCAGCAGAUCUGUCACCGUGCACUGGGAUAUUCCCACAAAACAUCUCUCUGCUACUGCUGAAACUCCUCCACCACCAGACUCGGAACACAGUCAACGCCCCGUUCCACUUCCUCGAACAAAAUCUAGAAAAAAGUCGAUCCCAGAAGAUCAGACUUUGGUCAAGCUCAGUGAAAACUCUGACGAUGUUAACUCUGAUCCAGAAGUGCUCUCCUCCAAUAAGUAUUUAAAGGAGUUAUUGGAGGUUUUCAGCGCAGAUAAGGAGUGUGAGGAGAACACUGACGUUGCUAACCAAUCAGACGAGGCCUUACAAGGUGACGAUGCUGAAGAAGAGAUGAGCAACCUCCACAGUCAGCGCAGUAUCCGGGCCAGGAUCCAGGCCUUUGAGACCCAGACCAGCACCGAGGAGGGAAACGUGGUUGAACCGGCAAAACCGGAGCCUCGACCCAGAAAGGCACCUCCAGUUGCUGCGAAACCUUCUGUAGCUCUCAAACCUCAGUUAAACCACAGUAACGAUGAUGUCUAUGAAAACGUAUCGACCACAGAAAUCUACCAGAGCCCAACACCCGCCCCCAGACCGACCUCCCUGAAGAAACCUGUCGACCUUCCUGUAAAAGAGGAACUAGAGACGCUAUUCACCAAGAACAGGUCACGUCCUUCUGUGCUGACCAGAGCCAACAGCAUCCACGAAGAGGACACUAAACCAGUUCCCCCGACUCCUCCAGUGAAGCCGGUUAAGGAACCUCUGAAACCGAACCUCAAUAUAAACAACCACAACUCAGCCUCCAUCGCCACAGAGAACCUGUAUGUGGACAGUCCAACAAAGCCCAUCCCGACCCUGCCUCCACGGAGUCAGAGUGUGGACAGCAAUGGAGCGUCUUUCACCAGACAAAGCCUGACACGGAGACCGACCACCAUCAGGGUCCCCAGUAAAACUGGUUCAUUUUCGGAUAACUUUCAGGACAGUCCUCCUCCUCUCCCUGCUCAGAAGCCCGUCGGUUCCCUCAACUCCUCAGUGAACCACAGACAAAGCCAGACGCCCUUCCUCCCCCACCAGGAGUCUUUCCAGUCUGGGCCAGAGCCAUCACUACCACCCCGGAAGCCGAGUACAAACAAAACACUCCCACCUCCACGACCGCCUCCAGCCAAACCAGGCCCGGGAAGACCUCCCCCUCCCAGCCUUCAAACCACAGGGCGAUCCCACUCGGCAUCAUGGGACGCUUCACCUAAACUCCAGGCACAGAAGCCCCACAGGAAAAGCCCUGUCUUACCUCCACGGCCCAACCCAGGCCACCGUCUCUACAACAAGUACACUCUUCAGCUUCCUCAUGGGAUUGCUUCCAGCGACUACAAUGGGAGUAACACAGGAGAACUGUCAUUUCAGCAUAAUGAAGUGCUUCUGCUGCUGGAGGAGAUUGACCACAAUACGUUUGAGUGCCAAGUCGGAGACACCAGAGGCAGAGUCCACAAGUCUCGUAUGAUGGUCAUAAAUCCCUUGUCCCCCAUGUCAGACAUGUCCCUGCCACAGGAUGCCGGUUCAGCUGGUUCAAGUGGAGCUGGUCAUGAGCUUAAAGUGCAGGCCAUACAUGACUUCAAUCCAGAGGGUCCAGGGGAGCUGGGCCUGAGAGCAGGAGAUGUUGUCACCUCAGUGGAGCAGAUUGACAGCGAGUGGUACAGAGGUACCUGCAAGGGAUCUUCUGGGUUCUUUCCCAAAAAUUAUGUCAAAGUCUUGUCAAAUUCACCAAAACCCCUCCCUGAACGGAAAGCACGGCCACCACCUGCAACAGUCAGGGGCCCGAGAUGUGUGGCGAGGUUCGACUUUGAGGGGGAGAACAGUGACGAGCUGACGUUCUCUGAGGGCGAUGUGAUCCAGCUGAAGGCGUACGUUGGACAGGACUGGGCUCGGGGACAGGUGGGAGCCUCGACUGGUAUCUUCCCGCUCAACUUUGUAGAGGUGGUUGAGGAUCUGCCUCCACCCCCGAGUCAGCAGAAGAGACAGUCCAUCGGGAUAGCGCUGCCUGGCAUGGUUGCUUCUCAGAGUCCACACCCUGAAGUUGCCAAACCUGCUCAGGCUGCUCAGCCCAGUGAGGAGUGGGUUGUCGCUCUGUACAACUACGCUGGUAACUCAGAAGAAGACCUGUCAUUCCUAAAGGGCGACUGUAUUCGGAUCACGCAGCACCUUGAUGCUGAGUGGAGCUGCGGUCAUCUCAACGGCAAAGAGGGAAUGUUCCCCAGGGCUUUUGUAGAGAACAGCACAGGCCAGCAGAUGUCUAACAACCAGCAGAGUGGAGCUGCUGCUGCUGCUGCUGGAGGUGUGAGAGGCAGAGCGAUGUUCAACUACACGUCAGACUGUGACGAAGAGCUCUCUCUGCAGGUCGGGGAUAUUAUAACAGGUCUGGAGUCCGUUGAUGGAGAGUGGUUCCUGGGUGAUUUGAGAGGCAAACGGGCUCUGGUGCCUAAAAACUAUGUACAAGUACUGUGACAGCACCAUGUGGCUGUCAGCACAACAAACAAAGGACACUGUUGGAGGACCAGAAUUGAAAUAACAUCGAGGACAGAUGUUUUUUUUAGUUAACUUUAUGGAACUGGAAUGCAGUAUUUCAUCUCUGAGUAGUGCAAAAUAUUUUUUCAUCUGCUGUCUUAACUUAAAAUGAAGUGUUUGCUUAAUAAUUUAUCAUGGAUUUAAAUAAACAUGUGAGUAAA